UUUAUGACCAACCCAUUAAGAUAUGAAAGGAAUAGUGGCAGUACCAAUGGCGAUUCUACACCGUGUCUGUUAUGUUGCGUUUGUGCUGAUUUAUGAUAAUUUCCAAGUUAUUGCCGAAGAGGGAUCGAUGAUAGAUGGCGCCAGAAUACCUGAUACUGUGACACCUUUUAGAACACCGGUGUGUGCUGACAUCAUGCUGUUAUUUGACACCUCGUGUUCCAUCAUCGAGCCUGACAAGGAAAGAAUAAUCGAUGUUGUUAAAAGAUUCUACUCAGCCAUUAAUUCUGUGCCUAUGGAUGACACCAGUGAAGGUUCAGUGAGGCUCGGGGCGGCAACAUUCAGCAAGGGUAUUGGUCACCAGUUCUUUCUUAAUGACAACAUUGGGAGCGACGCCAUCCUAUCAGCGCUUUCCAGCACAAACAUGUCCGAUCUUGGCUGUAAGACCCACACCCACCAUGCUAUUGAGAGUCUUUAUACAACAUACUUUGGCAAUAGUAGUCUUGGUGACCGUGAUGAUGCUGAAUACCCAAAUGUUGCACUCAUCUUUACGGAUAGUAGAUCGUUUCCGAAGCGCAACGAGAAAAAGGCCAUUGCCAAUGCUGCUAUAGCCAAGGAGAAAGGAAUACACAUCGGAAUUGUGUUGGUGCCUAACAAAUUUGGGAAGCCUCCGAGAGAAAAGGAGGUUGAGAUGGUUCCUAGUGACCCUGUAGAAGACAAUACAUACGACAUAGACAAUGAUGAACUCAUCGAGGAACUAAACGGAGACAUGUCACGAAUGUUUCCCUGUCCCCCAAUUAUGAUGUCAGACGAAAGAGUUUGUGCUGAUGUGCUGUUCAUAUUUGACAUAAGUUGCAGCAUAAUGGAAGCCCACAAGCAGGCGUCGCUGCAGGUUGCUAGAGAAAUAGUUCAGCUUGUCGUUGGAGAUGUUCGAUACUCUGCCAUGACAUACGAUGAGGAUGCCUAUCUACAAUUUAGCAGUUCGGAACAUGGAGGGAACAUACAGGCGGUACUUGAUGACUUAACAGGAAUGGACAUGGCUGAAGUAAAUUGCAAAACAAAAACUCACUCGGCAUUGGCCUAUACCUUGGAUUUUGUGUUUAAUGAUAAUAAGUCAAUUGACAGAGACGAUAAAACCUACCCUGAUAUUGUUAUUCUGUUCAAUGAUGGCCUAACUGCUCCUCUGAAGGAGAGAGACAGAACAAUAGAAGCAGCCAGAGCUUUGAAAAACAAUGGGAUUGACAUUUUCUUAGUUAAACUUUGGAACAAUCGGGGUAAAGAUGGCAGGCCUGAGUUCCAGGCAAUACCUACAUUCCAAGAGUACCUCUUACCUGGUAUAAACCAAGGCUUCCUCGAUGAUGAUCCCAGAAGUGUGGCUGGUGUUGCAGACAACAUUGCUAUGCAAUUAAACAGAUAUCAAUGUCCUACCUGAUACUGAUCCAGGGGACUCGAUCAGAUGUUCAUAUUAUCAUACACCAAGUCCAUUUUGAAACUCAACUAUGCGUUUUACAUGUUGUAAAAUAAGUACUUAGUAUAACCUUUUAUUGUAAUAAACUAAGCCUUUCCUCAUUUUAUAAAUUCAUAUUUAUUUGUACAUUUAAAUGUUUUUCCUUGAUGUCUGU